AUGCAAGAGCUCAUCCAAACAAAGCAGCAGUGGAAGGAGUGCGACUUCAGCUCCUUGGCCUUCUUCCUGCCCUACUCUUCAGUGAAGGGCCGCUUGAGUGAGGAAGCAGCAAAGACCUAUAGCCAUGUGGAGGCCAAAGCCAUCUUUUUGGGCGAUGGACCAUUCAUGUUGGUGGACUCUCCUGAGUUAACCUCCGAAGCUUUGAGGAAGCUGGGCUACAUGGACGAUGAGUUCAACCAAGACUUGCGGGAGGCCAUGUUUUGCUUUGUGAACUCCAAUGACAACAAGAAUCACUUGCGGAAGAUGAGCCUACUGCCAGUUCCAGGAGAUAGUCUCCAGGACGUGGAACGGAAGCUGCACCGGGCCUUCGUGUCGCAUGGCUCCCAGGGGCGGUGGCAGCGGAAGAACGGCGGCGACGCACGGAAUGGGGCCACGCGGCCGUUGCGGCACAUUCUGCAGAAGGCCCAGAUCUUGGAUCGGAGGAGGAGCUACUCCAAAGCUGAGAUCUUUGAAGCCAUGAAGGUCUACGCGCAGCAGAACGCUUUGCCCGCUGCCAAGACCUUCAAUGCCCUGGCCUUCCGCGUGAUGCGGCAGCAUCUCAAGGACCCACAGUGCCGCCCAGUGAUUGAGUUCGAAGACAAAAGACUCCGCGGCCCAGGGGUGCGGAGCAGUGCGCAGCUGUGGUCCAUGGAAGAUAAGAUUGUCCUCUACAACCCUGAAGACUUUCAUCACAACUCGGGCGAUUUGAGCGACAACUGUGCCUUGCUCGGCUGCGUCGUUUGUGUGGCACAGAGGUCGGAAACGGUGCGGGUUCUGUCGGAUGCUCCAAUGAAGGUGGCAGAAACUGGUGGACCGAGCUUGAUAGGCCUGUACAUUCCAAUCCAAUCUUGGAACUAA